UAUAGUUUGGUAAAAUAAUAUUGUGCCAAUAAAUAACGAUGAAAUUGAGAAAAUACUGACUGCGAGCAAUUAAAGUGCGAAUAAAUGGAUCGAGUACGAGUUACGGAAAAAUGUGACUUUUUUCACGUUUAGAAUUCGUUCCACCGUAAGAUAAUAAGCCGCGAGCUCAAGUGUAUUUCUUUCUCAUCGAUGUUUUUACUGAUGCCUCUGAAAUUUUCAUAAUUCGUAAUUCAUUCUAGACAUGUGAAUACGUGAAAGAGUGCUCAGUGGUUUUGUCGAAUGAAAAUUUAGGCGCACUGAAAAAACAAAUUUUCAGUCGCAGCGGGCACGAAGAACAAAGACUGUCCAAUUCUCGGAACGGUUCCUGGACUUUUGGGGUGUUGUAAGGUCGACAGCUUCUUGCUCAAUAUAUCCGCGUCAACGGACGUGGCACGUUUAACAACGAGAAAAAAGUUACUAUUUGCACGUACGCGGAACACACCUCUGCACACGUUUGUGCGAUGUAUAAAUUUUUCAGUGCCCAUACGUAACAUCGCCGAGUCCCCUAAACGUGAAGUAAAUUUUUCUCGUAAUGAUCCUAAAAUAACUUGACGGUUAUCGUCUCCGUAAUUGUCUUAUUUUUUAUUAAUAAUACCGCCAUUCGAAUGGAGAAUUUUUCAAUCAAAUUUUAACCCUAAUAAUCACAAAUUCAUACUGAGAAAAGGAAUUCGUGGGUUCGGAGAACUUUUGUUCGAUCAUGAAAUCGUACUUUUUCAAAGUUCGACAAAUUAUUAGUCGUUCCAGGAGAUGCCACGGCACGUUCCCGAGGUCGCGUAAAGGGGUCCAAAAUCCCUCGAAAAUAUUAACAGUGCGCGUGAAUCGAGCAAGCUUUAAUUUUCAAAUAUUAACUGCUUCGGACAAUGGAGAUUGUCAAAACAGUGAGUGAGAUAAGACGGAGCUUUCACCGAAGUAUUUUAACGACAUUGGGGUCUCGCUUGACAGUUCAACAGUGCAAUCUCUGCUCGAAACUCCGACUCUUAUAAGCGAAGUUGAGCAGUCAGCCAUAGACCAAGAUGAGGAAGAUAUUUUUCAAUGCGGCAAGUGCAAAAGUCAAUUUACAUCUUUGCACAUGUUUCUACUACACAAGAGAGAACACCUGAAAGUACAAGAGCAAACUGUAGAUCUGAGUCAGUAUUUGGUCAACGAAGACAGCCAAGUUGACGUCAAUGCACAAGAUCCGUGUCAGAAUGGUAUUCCGUACGAUCCGCAGGAAGGAUUUGUUCAAAGUGAUCAGCUAGCCGAGUCCAUCAUUCUCGAGGAGACCGAUAUGUUGUUUAGCAUGGAUCAGGAAGGUGCAAAUUAUCUGACCCAAGACUCAGGCUUUGGAGUGCCUAUAAUCCUCAGUACUGAAAAUCUCGAAGAUGCUUUCUCCGAUCCAGCUGAAAAUACAGAAACGGAUUCACUGAUGAAUGAAAACAAAGAACCAGGCCCAACUUUGCACAGCGAUCUCAAUCAGAAUGAGACUGUUUUUGAAGUAUCUUCGAAUCAUGACAUGGUCCCGAUAGAAAAUGGAUUGGAGAACGUUAUUGAGAAUCAUGACGAACAAACCGAAGAAGAGGACAGCAACGUUGGCCAAAUGCAGAAUUUAAAAUACAAAUGUGGCUAUUGCGACAAACAGUUUGCCAAGAAAUUUUAUUGGCAACAACACGAGCGGUCGCACACUGGCGAAAAACCUUACCAGUGUGUGGUCUGCGGCAGAGCAUUUGCCCAGAAAUCUAACGUCAAAAAGCACAUGUCUUCGCACAAAGUUUGGCCAGGAACUGCAAUACACUCUCUACCGCCGGAGGCACCACCGGACGGAAGUAUCGACCGUACCUAUCACUGUCAAUUCUGCAAAGAGAUUUUCGACUCGUACAAAGCCCUCAAGGGUCACUUAAUCGUUUCUCAUUUGACGCUAAAAGUUUACAAAUGCGUUCAAAGUAGCUGCAGCAUGAUGUUCGCCGAAUUGGACGAUUUUCUCGAGCACACCAAGAGCCACAAACGUUCCGAGUACCGAUGCCACGUGUGUGGUGAGAUUUUCAACACGCUCUCCGAUCUUGGACUCCAUCAGUACACCCAUUCCGUCCAAAAACAAAAAACUACGGAAAAGUAUUAUUGCUGUUCAGUCUGCAAAUCAUCUUUUUCUAAUCUUGAGGCGUUGCAACACCAUACGGAGACCACGACUCACGAUUAUGCCUGCCCUCACUGCGGCAAAAGCUUUUUGAUCGAAAGAUUUUUACGAAGACAUCUCAAAACUCACGUCUCUUCGGCUCGUUUCGCCUGCGACGAUUGCGGCAAGGCUUUCAAAACCGAACAGUAUCUCGCUAAUCACAAACUAAUACACAGCGAGGAAACCCCAUUCAUGUGUCCGCAAUGCCCUGCAAGAUUCAAGAGAAAAGAUCGCUUAGGACGUCACAUGCUCAUUCAUGACCUGACGAAAAGACUCAAGUGUCCGUUUCGCGGUUACUUGGGUUGCAUGAGCGAAUUUUCACGCCCGGACAAACUGAAGAGACAUCUUUUAACUCAUAGUAACAUCAAGCGGUUCAGUUGUAGUCAUUGUAAUCGUAAUUUUCAUCGGGCCCAAGCUCUUAAGCAUCACGAACUCAACAAACACAACCUCAAGUGUGACAUAUGCUCACAUGCAUUUAAAACGAAGGAUCAACUAAUAACGCACAAUUGUGACCAAGCAAUGGAGACAAAAAAACAUGCGAGCUCGCAACUCCCAAAAAAAGCUUCCGGAACGUUCAAGCCACGAAAACCGACGCCAAAGAGACAAAUGAAAUCGGCAAGUGGCAUCGCGGAAAAGGAGAAAUCAAAACCUGAUGAUAUACAAAAAAAGAUGAUUUUGGAAGAUAUAAAAAUGAGCGAUUACGAAGACGAAGGGUGUGACAAGAGACUGGAAAAUUUUACAAUAACCCGAGAGAUCGGUUCAACGAUGGAGUCACUCAUGAAUUCGGACUCGUCGGACUCUGAGGAGGUCAAGCCAGAGAUAAAUGUUUUUUCCUCCGAACAAAUCGACGCUGUCGCGUAAUUCAACUUUUUCACUUUUACGUAUUUUUUAUCAAUAUUACUAUUAAAAAUAGUACGUAGCAUUUAGAUAUUAAGUAAACGUAGCACGUGCAAUCGAUAGAAUCAAUAACCUAAUGAUAAAAUCAUUCGCCGAAAGAAACAAAGCGAAGACAUGAAAAUGCAUUUUACAAUAGCGGACCGAUAUUUUGUAGUUUACGUAUCUGUGAUAAUUGUAAUAUACAAAAAGAAAAGAAUACAAUAUAAGUAACUUAUACCCAA